CCAAGGGUUACCGUUCUGACUCCCGUCAUUUGGCCAUACGCUGUCUAACAUGCGAUAGAGCACGCGCGAAGAGGCACAGCUCAUCCUAGGUCAAUAGUGUACGGGGUCUAAGAGACAAGCUUUGCCUCUUAACAACAGUACGCCGAUGUAUAUUUGGGUGCCUUGAACAAGGCCUGGUAGUAUAUAGUCUUUCUUUGACCCAGACCCCUUUGCCGUCGUCUCUAUGCCGUCUCUCGCUCUUCCGUCUUGCCCUGCAUAGCUGGUUGCAACUGCCACUCGUUUCUGGUACCAGUAAUUACACCUGUCGAUCGUUGGAAUAUACAUCUACCGUAAUCACUACACCACCCCUUCGUUGCAUCGCAAGAAUAUCAUUAGCCGUGUACACCUACAAACCUACAACAUGUCCCUCAAGUACCUCACCCUUGCGCUUGCCGUUAUCGCCGCCGCGGCGCCUGGAUCUCCCUACCAGGCUCUCGAAGCCCAAGCUUCCAGCGACAACCCAUGCGAGCCCUGCCAGCCCUCCGGCGCGACUGGCACCGACCCGCCCGCAGUCGGCUCUGAUCUGUCCUCGCUCUAUGUUGAUGUCCUCAGCUCGGUCCAGGGCAUCUCCUUCAACAAGCGCGGUCUGACCCCCCGCGCAGCAACCUCCGGCUUCUGCUGCGUUGCCUCCCUCAACUGCGUCAACGUCCAAUCCCUCAACAUCCCCAUGUGCUACGACAAGUUCACCACAAACUUCAAGUUCCCCGACGGCUCGUAUGGAUCUCUGACUACCGGAGACUAUGUUUCCAACGGCCAGACUAUCAAUCUCCUCAGUGGCGACUACUCGGGUGGAAACAUCUACUCCGCUGCUCCCCAGGACAAGCCUGACACCUCUACUCUCAGCGUUCCCGCGCAGUAUACAGGGACUGGUGUUGGCGCUGCGAUUCCCGCGUCUGAACUCGGCUCUGUCAUCGUCUACACAACAACUAUCCCCGGCACAACGUUCACCGCUCCGACAACUGUUCCUGGAACCGUCCGCGCAGCGACUGUGAACGGUCUUGUGGUUAGCACUAGCAUUGCGCCCCAGACUAUCAUCCAGGCUACUACUGUUGCGCCCCAGACCACUGUUGUUACCACACAGGCUCCCGACGCGAGUGCGGCGGCAUCGAGCAAGGGUGCGGCGGGUGUAGUUGGUGUUGACUCGUCGAAGUCGUUUGGUGUGUCGGUUUUGGGCGCGCUGAUGUAUUUUUUGAUGUAAGAGGGCAGUUGGCUUGGUUGGUGUUCAGUUCUGGUGUCGGGGUAGUAUCUUUUAGAAUUGGAUUGAAUAGAUGGAGGGAUGAUACCCUGGGAUGGCUACGUGCAUAGAACGCUCAUGCGAUACGUUUAAUGAAUAAAUUUAGUCCUCA